AUGGACCCCCUGGACAGAGCUACAGUACUCCUACCUUGUGACCUGUGUCAAAAAGCUGCCUUACAGAGUCAUUGUGAACUUUGUCUGAUUAACCUAUGUAAGGCUUGUGUAGGGGAACAUCUCUCUGAUUCUUCCAUCAGACACAAUGUUGUACCUUACAAACACAGAACGUCUUCCCCUAACGUUAACUACCCAUACUGUCCAAGCCACACCCAGAAAGGUUGUGAACUUUAUUGUGAAAAAUGUGACAUUCCUGUCUGUUCUAUCUGCAUCUCUUCUAAUGAACAUCAUGGACAUAAAUUAACAGAUAUCUUACAAAAACCAAGCUUCAUUAAAGAAAUUCUAUACAAGGAUUUGAAAGAACUAGAAAGACGAAUACAACCUACAUAUGAAGAAAUUGCAUCAGAUAUAAAAUCUAAAAAAGAAAAAUUGGAAAAACACUAUGAGAAACUGACUACAGCUGUCACCAAACAAGGAGAAGACUGUUUACCUCCUAAAAUUAAUGUUUUAUUACCAAAUUUCUCUCCUCAACAAAUCAACAGAGAACAGAUCCAUCGAAUGUUUGGUUCUCUGUCAGCAUUGUCCAUCACAACAAACAAACAUGGCUACACACUGAAGACACAAGAAGCUAUAUCCUGUCCUCCAGUCAAACCAAUGCUUAAUGAACCAGAGCUCAUCACCACCAUUAACACUGAGUAUGACGUUCUAUACAGUAUUACCUGUCUCAGUGAUGAAGAAAUCUGGACACGUGGACAUGACAAAAUUAUAAAACUCUACAACUUACAAGGCAAACCACUGAAGUCAAUCCAAACAAAGUCUGGUAACAUACCACAUGACAUAGCAGUAACAAGGAGUGGAGAUCUAGUUUGUACUGACCCUAGUAUGGGAACUGUAAACAUAGUGAAGAAUAAACAGAUACAGGAAGUGAUCACACUACAGGGGUGGAAACCUUACUAUGUCUGUAGUACCUUCUCGGGCGACCUCCUGGUUACAAUGGAAAGUGAUGAUAAUAAACAAUCAAAAGUUGUCCGUUACUCAGGCUUCAUACAAAAACAAACAAUUCAGUUUGAUAGUGAAAGUAGACCUCUGUAUUCAUCUUCUAUAUUUAAAUACAUCAGUGAGAACACAAACUUUGAUAUAUGUGUGGCUGACUGCGGAGCUAGUGCAGUGGUAGUGGUUAGUUAG